AAAGUUGCUUCAAGUUCCUCAAAGCUAAGUACAUAGCAAAUAGAGAUUGAGAAAUUAAAAUGGCAGAAGUUGAGAGGAGUGAGAAGAAGAAAGCUCAUCACAUGCAUGGGUUCUUUAGUUUUGCUGAUUGGAUUGAUGUUCUUCUGAUGUUGUUGGGCACUGUGGGGGCUGUUGGUGAUGGAUGCUCAACUGGUUUCAUACUUAUCUUUGCCAGCAGUGUCAUGAAUAGUUUGGGUGGGCAUGCUCAUGGUGAUCAGAAACAAAAUAAUAUGAAGUUCAUGCAUGAAGUGGAGAAGGACUGUUUGUACUUUGUCUACAUAGGAUUAGCAGUCUUGGUGGUGGCUUUCAUGGAAGGAUACUGUUGGAGUAGAACAAGUGAAAGACAAGUGCUUAGAAUUCGAUAUCGAUAUCUUGAAUCAAUCCUGAAGCAAGAAGUCGAGUUCUUUGAUUCUCAAGAAGCAACUACUUCUGAAAUCAUCGACAGCAUUUCACGAGAAACUUCCCUUAUUCAAGAAGUAUUAAGCGAAAAGGUGCCUACAUUUCUGAUGCACUCUUCAGUUUUCAUCUCCGGCAUAAUUUUCUCGACAUACUUCUCAUGGAGAUUGGCUUUGGUAGCUUUUCCUCUUCUUCUACUACUUGUAAUUCCCGGUAUAAUCUAUGGGAAAUAUCUUCUCUAUCUCUCCAAUGCAACCAGAAAGGAAUACUCCAAGGCGAAUACGAUCAUAGAACAAGCUUUGAGCUCAAUCAAAACUGUGUAUUCAUUUACUGCAGAAAAAAGGAUCAUGAAGAAGUAUGAAACCAUUUUGGAUAGUACUGUUAAGCUAGGAAUCAAGCAAGGGAUAGCAAAAGGUUUGGCAGUGGGGAGCACAGGACUCUCCUUUGCAAUUUGGGGAUUCCUUGCUUGGUAUGGAAGUAGAUUGGUAAUGUAUCAUGGUGAAAGUGGAGGAAGAAUCUAUGCAGCUGGAAUUUCCUUUGUCUUAGGUGGACUGUCGCUUGGAAUGGCUCUCCCUGAAGUGAAGCAUUUCACCGAUGCAUCCAUCGCUGCAACCCGAAUUCUCGAAAGGAUCAACCGCAUUCCAAAAAUAGACACUGAAGACCCAAAAGGCCUAACUCUAGACCACAUCCAAGGUGAAAUUGAGUUCAAAAACAUCCGAUUUUCCUACCCAUCGAGACCAGACACAUUUGUAAUCAAGGACUUCACUCUCUGUGUUCCUGCGGGGAAGACAGUGGCUCUGGUAGGGACAAGCGGUAGCGGGAAGUCCACCGCCAUUGCUUUACUUCAGCGGUUCUAUGAUACCGAUGAAGGCAUUGUAAAGAUCGACGGGAUCGAUGUCAAAAAUCUUCAGCUAAAAUGGAUUAGAGGAAAAAUGGGGCUGGUCAGCCAAGAACACGGGCUCUUCGGUACAUCAAUAAAGGAAAAUAUAUUGUUCGGUAAACCAGAAGCUACCAUGGAUGAGGUUGUUGCAGCAGCAAUGACUGCAAAUGCUCAUAAUUUCAUCAGACAACUGCCUGAGGGAUAUAAUACAAAGAUAGGGGAAAGAGGUGCACUUCUAUCUGGUGGGCAAAAACAACGCAUAGCCAUUGCCCGGGCGGUCAUCAAGAACCCUGUGAUCCUCCUCCUCGAUGAAGCCACAAGCGCACUUGAUUCUGAAUCAGAGAAACUAGUCCAGAAUGCCCUUGAUCAAGCAUCAAUGGGGAGAACUACUUUGGUUGUAGCCCACAAGCUAUCAACAAUAAGGAAUGCCGAUCAGAUUGCUGUUAUCGAUGGAGGAAGGAUAAUCGAGAUUGGUACUCAUGAAGAACUGAUCAGCAGAAAUGAUAGUCAUUACUCACGGCUUGCCAAAUUGCAGAGGCUAUGUAGCAACAUUGAUCAAGAACAAGUCUCCGAGUCAUGUAGACCGUCAGUGGGGAGGAGUAGCACAAGCCAUAUGAGCACAACAAAAGCAAGUCCGAUGUCUUUCGCUUCCCCAUUAUCCAUUGACGAUCCUCCUAGCAUCAUCUCUCAUCCAGCUCCAUCAUUUUCUAGGCUUCUCUCAAUGAACUCACCAGAGUGGAAACAAGCAUUGAUAGGCAGCAUUUCCGCUGUUGUCUUUGGUUCAAUCCAACCUAUUUACGCCUUUUCUAUCGGUGGGAUGAUCGCCGCAUUCUUCCUCCAAAGUCAUGAUGAGAUAAAGGCAGUCAUCCAUCGAUACUCCUUAAUCUUCUCUGCUCUUUCACUUGCCUCCAUCAUUGUCAACCUUUCACAACACUAUAAUUUUGCAUACAUGGGCGAGCACUUAACACGAAGAAUCCGUCUAUUAGUGCUCAGUAAAAUCCUCACAUUUGAAGCCGGAUGGUUUGAUGAAGAACAAAACAACAGUGGUGCAUUGUGCUCUCGAUUGAGCAACGAGGCAUCUCUUGUCAAGACAUUGGUUGCUGAUAGAGUAUCGCUUCUCGUUCAAACGACUUCUGGAGUAGUUAUUGCUGUGUCAAUGGGCCUAAUAGUCGCUUGGAAGCUUGCCAUAGUUAUGAUAGCAGUGCAGCCAUUAACAAUAUUAUGCUACUAUGCUAAGAAAGUAGUACUAUCCAGAGUGUCCAUAGACCUUGCAAGAGCUCAGCACAGGAGUACUCAGAUAGCAAUUGAAGCAGUGCAGAAUCAUAAAAUGGUGGCAUCUUAUGGUUGUAGUGCAAAAGUACUUAAACUCUUCGAAGAAGCUCAAGAAGAGCCAGUGAAAGCUGCAAAGAAGAAGUCAUGGGUAGCAGGGAUCACAAUGGGGUGUUCUCCUUGCCUUUCAUUCAUGUCCUGGGCUUUCGCAUUCUGGUUUGGAGGUAAACUAACCGAAAAGGGUGACAUAUCGGCCGGAGAUGUAUUCAAGACAUUCUUCAUCUUGGUGAGCACCGGGAAGGUGAUCGCUGAUGCAGGUAGCAUGACAUCGGACCUUGCCAAGGGAUCAGCCGCCGUUGCUUCAUUGUUCGAUGUGCUAGAUAGGCAGUCCAUGAUUCAAGGCUCAUGCUAUGGGGAUGAUGACAAUGGAGGAACCAAAAUGGGGAGGAUUGAAGGCAGGAUAGAGUUGAAGAAGGUAGAUUUUGCCUACCCGACCCGACCGCAGACUCUGGUUCUGCGAGAAUUCAGCUUGGAUGUGAAGGCUGGGACGAGCAUUGGGUUGGUUGGUAGCAGUGGAUGCGGGAAAUCAACAGUCAUUGGUUUGAUCCAGAGAUUCUAUGAUGCCGAGCGGGGGGUGGUUAAGAUAGAUGGAAUAGACAUCAGAGAACUCGACAUUAUUCAAUAUAGACGGUUUACAGCUGUUGUCAGCCAAGACCCGAUGAUCUUCUCGGGGACAAUUCGGGACAACUUGACCUUUGGGAAGCCAGAGGCAACAGAAGAUGAGAUCAUAGAAGCUGCAAAAGCAGCAAAUGCACAUGAUUUCAUAUCGUCACUCCAAGAUGGAUAUAAUACAGGGUGUGGAGAGAAAGGAACACAAUUAUCUGGCGGACAGAAGCAAAGGAUAGCGAUUGCAAGAGCGAUACUAAGAGAACCGACAAUACUUUUGCUCGAUGAGGCAACCAGCGCCCUAGAUGUGCAAUCUGAAAGAGUAGUGCAAGAAGCUCUGGAAAGAAUCAUGGUUGGAAGAACAACGGUGAUGGUGGCUCACAGGCUCAACACAAUCAAGACAGUACACACAAUAGCAUUUGUAAAUGAAGGCAAGGUCAUGGAGCAUGGAAGUUAUACACAACUCAUGAACAAGAGAGGAGCUUUCUAUAACCUUGCAACACUUCAAUCAUGAAGGAGUACAUAUUCCUUUUUACGAGCAACUAGUUCGUAUGGCAAGGAUUUUUUAUAUAUAUAUAUAUAUAUAUGAGAAUUCUGUUACAAGGGGAGUAGCAAAUAACAUAUUUUCCGGGAACUAUAAGCGAAAUAUGGAAGAACUCCUUCAGCAGAUACUUCAGUACAUCAUGCAGUAGUAGUUGGAUAGUAGUUGAUUAUGGGCUCCCACGAACUGUUAUCUCAAUUGCCCGAGCCACUGGCUUUUUCCGAUGGACCAACUUGUCUCAGUAACUGAAAGACAGAUAACUAAUUCAAUAAUGCAUCAUUAAGUUGAUCUUAUCAAACUUGCAAAUGAAACUCAUACCUGGAAAUAAGCCUCCAGCUUUUGUCGUAA